AUGGCCGUCGGUCCCAGCCAAGUGAUUGUAACAGAUCCCGACGUCGCGCUCUACAUGACCGUUACACGGAACCACGAGAAGCAUAUUGCCGAAUCGUUGGCGAUCGGCCCCAUGAUAGGGAAGGGCAAAAUCGUCACCGCUGAAGGGGCAAGGUGGAAAAAUAUGCACAACACGCUUGCGCCCGCGUUCGCCAUAACGCACGUCACCAACAUGAGGCCUAUGAUUGCCGAGAAUGUAGUGGAGUUUCGCGCCAUCAUGAACAAGCUAUCCGAAACAGCUGAGACUUCCCAGUUCGAGAAGUACGUGGAGCGUCUCAUACUAGACAUUGUCGGCACAGCGACGUUCGGUCACUCGCUGGGCGCGCAAGCGAUGGAAAACCCUGUGAUGAGACACUGGGAGGAUAUGAGCCGGGCGAACAUGCAAGAGUGUGAGAGUUGGUGGGCCGACUUGGUAAGAAUAUACCUGGCCAAGCAGAGACGGGAAGCGGCGAUGGACAAGCUUAAUACCAUGUUGACCGAGCUCGUCAAGAAGCGCUUCGAGUACGUUCGGGAGAAUGAUGUCUGCAUGGAACAGCGGAACGCCAGCAUUAUAAUGGAUCUGAUCCUGCGGGAACAUCUGCAAGAAACGCCCCAGAGAAUUCACAAGCGCAUAGACCCGGAAUUCCUGGAAAAUGUGUUGACUCAGGUACGAAAGCUUCUUGUAGGAGGCACAGGGACAACGUCAAAUACGAUCUGCUUUGCUUACAUGCUUCUCUCAACCCAUCCAGAUAUCAUCCGAAAGCUGAGAGAAGAGCAUGAUCGAGUAAAUUUUGCACCUAAUAUUGAUGUCUCAUACAACAUCCUGUGCUCUGAGCCACACAAGCUCAACAGCUUGGUCUACACCACUAACGUAAUCAAGGAGACACUGCAUCUUUGCCCAAUAGGCAGCACAGCUCGUAAGGAGCAGAGUGAAGGCUAUCUUUUAUACGACGGCCGGCAAUGGUCAACGAAAGGCUGCAUGAUAUUGCCGAUGCAUCAUACGAUGCAUAUGGAUCCAGAUAUCUUCCCAAACCCGAAGGCAUUCGAUCCGGAGCGUUACGGCCGCGAGGACUUCGUACGGGCAUGCUUGGCGACCGUUUGA